CAUGUUAUUCAUUGUUGGAGUUUGGAGUUUGGACCAUAUAAUAAUAUAAAAAAAAUGGUGGAUUACACAUUUAGCCUUAUCCUUCACCGUUGAGAUCAAAUUCACGCGACCCGACUCACUCCUCUUCUUUCUCUCUCUACAACUAUGUCUACCACCAGUCUCCUCCGUUUCUCCCUCUCCCCUCUCAGCUCAUCUCUCCGCCAUCGCUAUGAGUUGCCCCCUCUCCACUACAAGCGACGCCGUUCGCAUCUUCCACAUCCGCCCAGAUUCCGUAGCUUUACCCGCAUUUCCGCCAAGGCGGUGGAGUUUAAAUCGCCUACCAACCCCCAACUGCCACUGCAGGAGAAGACAGCUCAGGAGGAGACUAAUUCCACUGUGUUACUUGAUGUGUCUGGAAUGAUGUGCGGCGCGUGUGUUACACGAGUUAAAUCGAUUAUCUCCGCCGACGAGCGCGUUGAGUCCGCUGUGGUCAACAUGCUGACCGAGACCGCCGCGAUCAAGCUGAAGCAAGCAGUCGCAGUCGGAGAAGAUUUAUCUGGCGUGGCCGACGAGCUGGCGAAGAGAGUGUCGGCGAGCGGAUUUGACGCGCGACGGAGAGUGUCGGGGAUGGGGGUGGAGGCGAAGGUGCGCAAGUGGAGGGAGACGGUGGAGAAGAAGGAGGCGUUGCUCAUGAAGAGUAGGAAUCGCGUGGCAUUUGCUUGGACUUUGGUUGCUCUCUGCUGUGGCUCUCAUGCGUCUCAUAUUUGAUCAGUCUUGGAUAUUUUGCACAAUUCAUAUGUGAAAGGUGGUUUGGCUUUGGGCUCUCUGUUGGGACCUGGACGAGACUUGCUUUUUGAUGGAUUAAGGGCUUUUAAAAAGGGUUCACCAAAUAUGAACUCUCUAGUUGGCUUUGGAGCAAUUGCUGCAUUUGCAAUUAGUGCGGUGUCACUUCUCAACCCUGAACUUCAAUGGAAUGCUGCGUUUUUUGAUGAACCGGUCAUGCUUCUCGGUUUUAUCCUGCUGGGGCGUUCACUUGAAGAAAGAGCUAGGAUCAAGGCAUCUAGUGACAUGAAUGAGCUAUUAUCGCUCAUAUCAACUAAAUCAAGACUUGUGAUUUCUCCCUCUGGAAGUGAUGUUUCUGCUGACAGUGUUCUUUGCUCUGAUGCAAUGUGCAUUGAAGUUCCCACCGAUGAUAUCCGGAUUGGUGAUUCGAUCUUGGUUUUUCCUGGAGAAACAAUUCCUGUAGAUGGAAAAAUCCUUGCAGGUCGAAGUGUAGUGGAUGAGUCCAUGCUUACAGGUGAAUCUCUUCCUGUAUUCAAGGAAAAAGGCCGAUGGUCCUUUAAGGAUAGAAGCCUCGUCCACCGGUUCAAAUUCAACAAUAUCCAAGAUUGUUAACAUGGUUGAGGAUGCUCAAGGACGUGAAGCACCUAUUCAAAGGCUUGCAGAUUCAAUUGCUGGCCCUUUUGUAUAUAGUGUCAUGACACUGUCAGCAGCCACAUUUGCUUUCUGGUACUAUAUUGGAACUCAUAUCUUUCCAGAUGUCUUGCUCAAUGAUAUAGCUGGACCAGAUGGAAAUUCACUGCUAUUAAGCAUGAAGCUUGCAGUGGAUGUUUUGGUUGUUUCAUGUCCGUGUGCUUUGGGCCUUGCUACGCCGACGGCAAUUCUAGUUGGCACGUCCCUUGGAGCAAAACAGGGACUUCUUAUAAGAGGAGGAGAUGUAUUGGAACGUUUGGCUGGAAUAGAUUACAUCACCUUAGAUAAAACAGGAACUCUUACUGAAGGAAGACCUACUGUAUCAGCUGUUGCAUCUUUUGGUCAUGAAGAAUCAGAAUUACUUGAAAUUGCUGCUGCAGUGGAGAAAACAGCCUCACAUCCACUUGCAAAGGCUAUUAUAGCUAAAGCCGAAUCGUUGAAUUUGAAUAUUCCUAGUACAAGUCGUCAAUUAGCUGAACCAGGGUCUGGAACCUUAGCAGAAGUAGGUGGGCUUUUAGUGGCAGUUGGCAAAUUAAGUUGGGUUCAUGAGCGUUUUCAGCAGAAAAAAAGCCUCUCUGAUUUAAAGAAACUUGAGCAGUCUGUGAUCCAUCAAUCAUCAGCAGAGCAUUCAUCAUCUAACCAUUCAAGAACAAUUGUUUAUGUUGGGAGGGAAGGAGAAGGCAUUAUUGGUGCUAUUGCAAUAUCCGACAAUUUGCGACCUGAUGCGGAAUCUACUAUAACUAGGCUUCAGCAGAAGGGGAUUCGUACAGUCCUCUUGUCAGGGGACAGGGAAGAGGCAGUUGCAGCUGUAGCAAAGACUGUUGGGGUAGAAAAUGAGUUUGUCAAUGGUUCUUUAACGCCACAGCAGAAAUCUGAUGCUAUUUCAAGUCUUCAAGCAUCAGGCCAUCGUGUUGCUAUGGUUGGUGAUGGUAUUAAUGAUGCGCCUUCGCUUGCCCUUGCUGAUGUUGGAAUUGCCUUGCAAAUUGAAGGACAAGAAAAUGCUGCAUCAAAUGCAGCAUCAAUUAUACUCCUGGGAAAUAGACUUUCACAGGUAGUAGAAGCAAUUGAUGUUGCAAGAGCAACAAUGGCAAAAGUUCGCCAAAAUUUGACCUGGGCAGUUGCCUAUAAUGUCAUUGCUAUUCCAAUGGCAGCUGGAGUACUACUUCCCCAUUUUGAUUUUGCUAUGACACCUUCUCUUUCAGGGGGAAUGAUGGCUCUGAGCUCGAUCUUUGUUGUCACCAACUCACUGCUUCUGCAGUUCCAUGGUCCUCAAAGGAAGAAAGAAAAGAGUAAAACCAAAAUUUAUUCUCAAUAAAAUGAAGUAUUAUCUGGGAUUCUUUUUUCCCAACAAGCAGAACAGAGAAUUUCUUCAAAUUCAAUAGUUGGGAACAGUAUGCUUAAGGCAUCUAGGAGGAAACAAUUGUGAAAGCAGGCGGAUGGUGAUGUACCCAAAUGUUAAAUAUUUUCUCAGCCGAAAUGAAGAUAGAGGCAUUAUAUACAAUUCCGGAGCCUCUCUGCAUUGUAAACUAUAGAAAUGGCAAACUAGGAAUAAAUUUGUUUCCCUCAGUUGCAAAACAGCCUCUAGAAUUUAUAUUUAUCUAAUGAAUAAAGAGGAUAAAAGUGUGGCAUAUUGGGCUUACGGCGUUGUUACUGGUGUCUGUCUGUUCAAAAUUGUAUACUGCUGGGCUUUACGUCUUUGAUGCAUAAUGCCUGUGUUUAAUUUGAACAAUCUCAAAAUAUAAUCAUUGAUGGAUACGGAAUA